AUGGCUUAUUCCUCCAAUUUCUUUUCACAAGAUUCAUUCAGUUUGAAUCCAAAAACCCACCACGAGUUUCUCCCCUUCAACGAAAACGACCCAGAAGAGAUGCUUCUAUACGGCAUGAUAACCCAAUCACAACAACCACAACAAAAAUUAAUCACUAGUAGCAAAGAGACAACAUUAAAAAGCAACAAAGAGAAGAACACCAAGUCCUACCGCGGCGUCCGACGGAGGCCGUGGGGGAAAUUCGCGGCGGAGAUACGAGAUUCAACUCGGCAUGGCAUAAGGGUCUGGCUUGGAACAUUUGACAGUGCUGAAGCAGCGGCACUUGCUUAUGAUCAAGCUGCUUUUUCAAUGAGAGGCUCAGCUGCAAUACUUAAUUUUCCGGUUGAGAAGGUUAGGGAAUCACUUAGGGACAUGAGUUAUGAUGAUGAGUGUUGUUCUCCUGUUGUUGCUUUGAAGAGGAAGCAUUCGAUGAGAAGGAAAAUGGAUGAGAAGAAGAAGAAACAUGAGAGAGAUGUUGGGAUUGAUGAUUUGGUUGUGUUUGAGGAUCUUGGUGCUGAGUAUUUGGAACAGUUGUUGAUGUCUUAUUGUUGA